AUGGCGACAAAACGACCUACUGCGCCUCGUCUAGCGCGACCUGCACAUAGGUAUUAUAAGGGAAAAGCUCCAAAGGGAGUCGAUGCCGCCGCCAUAUCAGAGGAGUCAGACGAGGAGGCUGGGGAGCAAGCCGAGGACGCCCCAGCGCGGGAAGAGGAGGGUGGGGCGCGAGAUGAUGACCUGAGGGUUGACCGUCAGGCUGGGGAGAAGUGGAGAGAAGGUAGCAAAGCACUCGGAGUUAGGAUUGGGAGGACGGAGAUUGUUGGUGGCAAGGUUAUCGUUGAUGGGCGAGAGGAGGUCGGGAGGACGAGGAUGGAAGAGGAUGAAGAAGAAGAGGACAGCGAAGAAGGAGAAGAAGAGGAAGAGGAAGAGGAAGAGGAAGAGGAGUCCAGUGAGGAGGAGACCGAAGAAGAAGUGCCGAGGAUGAUGUUCCGACCAGUCUUCGUGCACAAACGAGGCCGAGAAACUGUACUAGCACAGGAAAAAGAGUCGGCUAACUCUGAGGAGGCAAUGGCUAAGCGGGAGAAAGAGGAAGAUGAGCGGAGGACCCAGAGCAAGGCGCUCGUUGCGGAGAGUAUCAAGCGAGAGCUUGCAGAGAAGGAAGCACCGGAACUCGUCCCCGAAGUAGACGACACAGAUGGCAUCGACCCCUCAGAGGAGUUCGAAGCCUGGCGCCUGCGUGAACUGUCCCGCUUGAAGAGGGAUCAAGAAGAGCAGCUUGAGCGAGAGCGUGAACGCGAGGAAGUCGAGAGAAGGCGUGCGAUGCCCGAGGAGCAGCGACUCAAGGAGGAUCUGGAGCAUGCAAAGAAGUUGAGGGACGAGAAACCCAAAGGACAGCAAAAGUUCUUGCAGAAAUACUGGCACAAGGGCGCGUUCCACCAGGAGCAGGACAUAUUAAAGCGACACGACUACACCGAAGCGACGGCGUCAACGAUCGACGUGUCCGUCCUGCCCAAAGUGAUGCAAGUAAAGAACUUUGGGAAGCGCUCGCAGACCAAGUACACCCAUCUUCUCGAUCAGGAUACGAGUGCGGGCACGGGUGGGUUUGGAGGGAAGGCGUUUAACAAGGCCGGGAGGGUGGGGCCGGGGCCUAGUAUGACGGGACAGGGGCCCGGCUGCUUCGUCUGCGGAGGACCGCAUUUGAAGAAAGAUUGUCCACAAUUGACAAGAGGAGGACCCGAAGGUUCAGGGGCGAAUUCCCGCACGCUGGGCGAGUCCAAGUGGGGCUUCUCGCGUGAUCGUCGUGAUGGUCGGGAUCGUGGACGAGAGGAAAGGGACAGAGAGGGACGGGAGGGCCGUAGGGGACGGUCUCGAAGUCGGGGUGAGGAGAUGGACCGGGAGAGGGAGAGGGACAAGAGGAGACGAGUGUACUAA